AUGAUUGCAGUCGGCAUCAUUGAGAUCCUCCUCUCUCAGAUACUCUCUUCAGAUCAUCUGGGGUGGAUGUCUGGUGUUGCCGCUGGCAUGUCCCUUUGCUACUCCAGCAUUGAAGUUGGCCUUGGUAUUGCCAAAAUUAAAGAGACGGGGAAAAUUAGGGGAAGUCUCACUGGAAUCAGCACCAGCACCGUGACCUCAACACAGGAGCUAUGCGGGUGGUUUCAGGCGCUUGGUGUCAUGGCCUUUGCCUAUGGAUACUUCCUGGUCAUCCCUGAAAUUCUGGACACAAUUCGGUCUCCUCCAUCUGUAUCAAGGACGAUGAAGAAGGCGAGUCUAGUUGGCAUAGCAGUUGCAACCCUUGUCUACAUGUUAUACGGGUGUAUAGGCUUCGCUGUCUCCGGCAACACGGUGCCCAGAGACCUCCUCACCGAGUUCAGCUUCAACAAACCAUCUAGUUUGGUCGGCAUCGCUGACGGCACACUUGUGACCCACCUCAUCGGUGCGUUCCAAGUUGUUGGAUAUUGCGGAAGCGUGUGUGUGUGUGCAAGUGUGUAUGAAAUAUGGCAAGGGAAUGAGAAAUAA